AUGUUAUUAGUGUCUGACAAACCAAGGGUCAUUUUGCCUUUCUUAAAAUUCUCAGAAAUGCUGUAUUAAAGGAGAUAUCAGCGCAGAGUGUCUAAGUUCUUCAUGUCUUUCUUAACCUUAAAGCAGCCAAUAAAAGCUGGAACUUGCAAAAGCCUUUCAAAAUUUAUUCUAAUGCUCAAAAUAUUACCCUAGCUAUUGUAUAAUUACACUUAGGAAUACUGUUUUUGGUCUGGUGAUUCUCUAGAUUCUGAAAAUGCUGGAAAAGAUAUAGUGAUUGAAGUCGAUUCUCUCGAUGAUCAAUCAUAAUUGUCAAAGCAGACUUCUUAAGAUGAUAACAAGGAAAAUUCUGGGAUUAUUGUGCUAAUUUUGAUUAUUAUUGGAUCAUUAUUAGGGGUGUCCUGUCUGGGAGUUUUUGUAUUCUAUGUAUCAUAGUAAGAUGAUGAUGAGGAUUCAGAAGUUGUCAAUCCAUAGUUGAAAUCUAAAUUCUCCAGGAAGACUACUUUACCUGGCAGAAGUUUUGUCUAGUCAGAUUUGAGAUCUAUAUUGCCUGAAUUAUAUGAGCAUGAGGAUAACAGUGCAGAUGUUACUGAUGGGCCAUUGAACUAUUUUUACAGGAGUAAGACUCUUGCAAACAGUCAUAUAUUACAAAUCACAAAUAAAGAAGGUAAACUAUCAAGAAUAUCAACUAAGGCUGGACUAUCUGCUUAGAAAAUAUAAGACUCUCAGAGAGAAGGGAUUGAAAGAAUAGGAGAUUAGAAAACUGAGAGAGAACAUAGAGCUUCAGAGAAACUACCUCGCACCCAAGCUAGAUUGAAGAUUGAAAGAUCAAGUACAAUAAUGAAUAAAAGACAAAGUUAUGAUUUAGAGGAUCUGAGGUCUUACAUUAUGGAGGAUAUGAUAAAUUAAAAUAAAGAAGUAAAAAAGAGAUUAAGAGGAAUGUCAGUAGUUUCAAUUGAGUCUAAUAAUAGUUUAACCAAGCUACAAAGAGGAGUAAUGUCACCUGAGAAACAGAGUGAAAGACAACAAACUAUAAUAAAAGAGGCCAAUAGUGCAAAUAAUGGACAAUCUGUUUUAAGCGAUCCUAAAUAGGCUGAUAAUAACAAAAUAUAAAAAUCUUCUUUAGAGAAUUUAUAGUCAACCCAAUCUUUAAACUAGAACAGCCAAUAACAUUUGAAUAGUAUGCAUUCUGAGACUAACUUUGAAUCCUAAAGCUCACCGACACUUCACAGUGGAUAAAAUCCUUAAUAAGCUAUGCGCAAAAGAGAGCUAUUUAUUAGGGUAGAUUCAGACUAAUAAAUAAAGGAGGAAGUUGAAGACCAGGAAGAUGAGAUUCAAUCUAAAUAAUCUUUUACUUAAUCAUUAAUAAUUGCCAACGAAGCGAAUACAUUUAGCCAGUAACAAAAUACAUUAAGCCUCAAAAUUAAUAGGAUUGCAAUAAAUUCUGAAGAAAAUGAUGAGUAAAAUGAACAUAGUUUCAAUGUAGAGAUACAAGACAUAUUAGAGGGAAGAGAGGCUAUUUACAAAGAUUCAGAAAAUGACUUGGGUAAAUAGGAAGAAGAAAUGUAAUUAUCUUAGAGCGAAAUAAAACGGUAAAGAAUCAGAAAGAUAUAUCUACCUAGCUAAAUAGACAUAAUUUCUGAUGAAAAUAAAAAUAAAGAUUAACCAUAAAACCAAGUAUCAGUUGAAGGCAUUAUUAAUGAAGAAUAAAAUCUGGUUCUCGAAGAGAAUCUAGAAAAGGAAGAAGAGUUGUUUGGAAUGCAUUAAAUCUUUUAUAAUAAAAGGAGAAGAGGGGACUCAAAAGUAGAUGAUAAUCAGGGAUAAUUGUCUAUAGAUUAUGGCUUCGAAUCAGAAGGUAAUCAAGAAUGA